AUGGCCACCUACAAAGUCAAGGUGGCCACUGGUGACGACCUCUUGUCAGGAACGAUGGACUCCAUCUCGCUGACCAUCGUAGGGACCCAAGGAGAGAGCCACAAGCAGCUGCUGAACCACUUUGGGAGGGACUUUGCAACGGGGGCGGUGGAUAAGUACACUAUCCGGUGCCAGCAGGACCUGGGGGAGCUCAUCAUCGUCCGCCUGCACAAGGACCAAUACUCCUUCUUUCCUAAGAACUCCUGGUACUGCAAAUAUGUGCAGAUCUGUGCGCCCAAUGGCCGCAUCUAUCACUUCCCCGCCUACCAGUGGAUGGAUGGCUACGAGACCCUGGCUCUGCGGGAGGCUACAGGAAAGACAAGAGCAGACGACACCCUCCCAAUCCUUCUGGAGCAUCGACAGGAGGAGAUCAGAGCCAAGCAGGACUUAUACCACUGGAGGGUCUUCGUUCCUGGCCUGCCCAACUACGUGGACAUCCCCAGUUACCACCCUCCGGUCCCGAGAAACCCCAACCGGCCUGAGUGGAAUGGCUACAUCCCUGGAUUCCCAAUUCUCAUCAACAUUAAGGCCACCAGGUUCCUGAACUCGAAUCUGCGCUUCUCCUUCAUCAAGACAGCCUCCUUUUUUGUUCGCCUGGCGCCCAUGUCGCUGAAGCUCAAAGUCCAAGGCCUGCUGGACUGCAAACAGCCGUGGAAGAGACUGAAGGACAUUAAGAGAGUUUUCCCUUUCUACAAGACUGUCAUCUCAGAAUAUGUGUUCGAGCACUGGACAGAGGACAGUUUCUUUGGGUACCAGUACCUCAACGGCCUGAACCCAGGCCUGAUCCGCCGCUGCACGCGGAUUCCCGACAAGUUCCCCGUCACAGAUGACAUGGUGGCCCCCUUCCUGGGCGAAGGAACGUGCCUGCAAGCGGAGCUGGAGAAGGGGAACAUUUACCUGGCAGACUACAGAAUCUUGGAGGGCAUCCCCACCAUUGAGCUCAAUGGCCGGAAGCAGCACCAAUGCGCCCCGCUCUGCCUGCUGCACUUUGGACCGGAAGGGAACAUGAUGCCCAUCGCCAUCCAGCUCAGCCAGACCCCUGGGCCCAGCAGCCCCAUCUUCCUGCCCAGCGACUCUGAGUGGGACUGGCUGCUGGCCAAGACGUGGGUGCGCAAUGCUGAGUUCUACUGCCACGAGGCUGUCACCCACCUGCUGGGGACCCACCUCAUCGCUGAGGCCUUCUGCCUGGCUCUGCUGAGGCAGCUGCCCAUGUGCCAUCCCCUCUACAAGCUCCUGAUCCCCCACACCCGAUACACUGUCCAGAUCAACAGCAUCGGGCGGGCCCUCCUCCUCAACGAGGGGGGGCUGACUGCCAGGGGCACGGGUCUGGGCGUGGAGGGCAUUGCUGAGGUGAUGGUGCGGGCUCUGUCGCAGAUAAACUACGACAGCUUCUACCCCCCCAACGACUUCAUGGAGCGCGGGGUUCAGGACCUCCCGGGAUAUUACUACCGUGAUGACUCCUUGGCGGUGUGGGACGCACUGGAGAGGUACGUGACAGAGAUCAUCACCUACUACUACCCGUGCGAUGCAGCUGUGGAGGGUGACCCGGAAUUGCAGUCCUGGGUGCAGGAAAUAUUCAAGGAGGGCCUACUGGGGCGUGAGAGCUCAGGCUUCCCCACGUGCUUGCGAACGGUGCCGGAGCUGAUCCGGUAUGUGUCCAUCAUCAUCUACAUCUGCUCUGCCAGGCACGCAGCUGUCAACACAGGGCAGCUGGAGUACACCUCCUGGAUGCCCAACUUCCCGUCAUCCAUGCGGAACCCACCGAUGCAGGCCAAGGGGCUGACCACUCUGGAGACCUUCUUGGACACAUUACCGGAUGUGAAGACCACGUGCAUCAUCCUGUUGGUGCUCUGGACGCUCAGCCGGGAGCCCGACGACAAGCGGCCCCUGGGCCACUUCCCGGACAUUCACUUCGUGGAGGAGGUCCCGCGCAGGAGCAUAGAGGCCUUCCGCCAGCGCCUUGACCAGAUCUCGUACAACAUCCGCCAGCGCAACAAAUGCCUCGCCAUCCCCUACUACUACCUGGACCCCGUGCUGAUCGAGAACAGCAUUUCUAUUUAG